AUGGACGUUGAUAAGAAAAUAGUUAGCUUACUUACCUCCACCAUUCUUUUGCGUGAGAUAUGGGAAUCUCCAUACGUUCCCCAGGCCAACAGCAAAACCGGCGAGGGACAGGAUAAACUGUACCCUGUUGUCCCAUGUUUCUCUCUCUUCUCCCGUGUGACGAAAAUUAUUGAUUCGUUCACCUUCUACCUUUUUUCUUCCUUCGUUCCUUUUUUUGUUUUUUUAAUUAUUUGUGUCUGUUUUUUUUCCUUUCUGUUAUUUUUUUUUAUAAUUUGCCUGUUUUUUUUUCUUCCUCUUUUCUUAUCUUUUUUCUUCUUUUUUAUUUGCUUUCUUUUUCUUUCUUUAAUUCAUCAACCCUUUUCUUUUUACCUUUUCUCUUCUUUUUUUCUUCUUCACGAUUUCUUUCUUUAUGUAUUUUUUUCUUAUUUUAAUGUAGUUUAUUGCCUUUCUUUAAUAUUUCCUCCUCCUCCUCUUCUUCUUCUUCUUCUUCUUGAUACGGCUAUAAUUUUUCUUUCUUUUUAUCUUCUUUUUUCUUUCCGUUUCUUUUUUUCUUCUUCUAUUUUUACGUCCUACAAUUUAUUUCUUUAG